CUGGGUUGUGAAGGGGGUUGUGGGCUCAGUUUGAGAGCGCGCUUUAGCUGCUCGUGCCACAAGAGGAGAUUUGCAAAGAUGCGUUAGCGAAAAAACUGCAACAUAUUUCAAUGUCGUUAUUAUUUCCUCUUCUAUUUUUUUCCCACUAAUUUUAACUUUGUUUCGAAACGAAUGAUGACAUGGACUUUGCAUAACGAGGAAGGCAUUUAAUAUCGGAUGUCAACAGCAUUUUACGCACCGGUUAAACACGGCGGAAGGGAUGCACUUGCUGCUGACACUUUUUGACGAAAGUCAAUUUAGCAUUGCUUAUUUGCUGGGAAACUCUAUUUCAUUGUGAUACGGCGUUUAGUUGCAUGCAUUAGCGUUUAUACAAUCGUUGUCAGUAUUAGUUUGUGGCUGUAAUUAUUUGAACCGCCUGACAAAUAUCAACGACAUUGAUGUAGGACAAGAGGACUGAUUCAUCGGUGCAUUGCUUGAUCCAUUCUUGAAAACAGUGUUCCUUCUGGACAAGAUCUGGGGAUGAGUAGAUGGGUUAUUAGACAACCAUUACCGGGUUUAUGUAGGUCGGCUCGGUCUUCACUUAACGUUGAAUAAUUUGGCUAUACCGCAGUAAAGCCUCAACCAUGUAUGCUGGACGGAAAAGAAGAAAACCGGUGCAAAGAGACAUCGAAGUGAAAGACCAAAAAGAGAAACAGACAGCUCCAUCUGAAGGGACCAAGUCUAACCCAUCAAAGCGCCACCGGGACCGUCUGAACUCUGAGUUGGACCGUCUGGCCAGUCUACUGCCCUUCCCAGAGGAGGUCACCUCCAGCUUGGAUAAACUCUCUAUCUUACGGCUCAGCGUGAGCUACCUGAGGACCAAGAACUUCUUCUCAGUUGCCCUGAAGACCCAGGCUUGCAAGGGGUUGAAGGCCAACGGUGGUAACCAUGACAGCAGCGAGACAACGGGAUUGGUGGACGGCUGGAUGCCCGAGGGUGAACUCCUAUUGCAGGCCCUUAAUGGUUUCGUCCUGGUCAUCACUGCAGACGGGGUCAUAUUCUACUCCUCUCACACCAUUCAGGAUUACCUGGGAUUCCACCAAACGGACGUGAUGCACCAGAGUGUGUUUGAUCUGAUCCACACUGAGGACCAGCAGGAGUUUAGGAGGAACCUGCACUGGGCUCUCAACCCCCCGGCCGUGCCCCAGCAGGUGGAGUCACCCCCAGAUGGAAAACCAGUCCCCAGCUCGUCCCUGGUGACCUAUAACCCCGACCAGCUCCCUCCAGAGAACUCCUCCUUCCUGGAAAGGAACUUCGUCUGUCGCUUCCGCUGUCUCCUCGACAACUCUUCUGGCUUCCUGGCCCUGACCCUCCAAGGCCGUCUGAAGUUCCUGCAUGGCCAGAACUGCCGGCUGGAUGACGGCUGUAACGUGCCCCCCCAGCUGGCCCUGUUUGCCAUCGCUACCCCCCUCCAGCCUCCAUCCAUCCUGGAGAUCAGGACCAAGAACAUGAUCUUCAGGACCAAACACAAGCUGGACUUCACCCCCAUGGCCUGCGAUGCCAAGGGGAAGAUCGUGCUGGGCUACACCGAGGCUGAGCUCCGGGUUCGAGGCUCUGGAUACCAGUUUAUCCAUGCAGCUGAUAUGCUCUACUGUGCUGAGAACCACGUCCGCAUGAUCAAGACAGGGGAGAGCGGGCUGACGGUGUUCAGACUGCUCACUAAGGACAACCGCUGGAGGUGGGUCCAAGCCAACGCCAGACUGGUCUACAAGAACGGCAAGCCUGACUACAUCAUCGCCACCCAGAGGCCCCUGGUGGAGGAGGAGGGAGGAGAGCACCUGAGCAAGCGUUCCAUGCACCUCCCCUUCACCUUCGCCACGGGCGAGGCCCUUCUCUACCAGAGUAGCUACCCCAUCCACGGCCUCACCGACUCACUCCAGGCUAAAGGCAAGACCAAAUCCAAGAAGGGCAAGCUGGACAAGAACCCGUCGAAGGAUAACGGUGGACUGGACCCCAGCUCCCUGCUCGGGGCGCUGAUGAGGCAGGAUGAGUCCGUGUACGUGUGCCAACCAGCCGUCGAGCCCAAGAUGUCCUUCCACAGUAGUCUGUUUAGUGAGGGGAAAGGGCAGAGCUGUGGAUACUAUAGCGGUGGCCCUCUGGGUGGGGGUGUGGGAGAGAGCUGGAGCUCUGUGCCCAACGGGGUUACCACCAUCUCCACUGGCCUCAACGGAGAGCCUCCGUCCAGCUUCGACCCGCUGCUCACCACCCUGGACUCACUGUCUCUGGAGGGGGACGAGACAUGCUCUAACAGCGAGCUGUUCUCUGCUCUGGAGAACCUGGGUCUGAACGCAGAGGAUCUGGAGCUACUGCUGCUGGAUGAGAGGAUGAUCAGAGUGGAGAUGGAUCCGGACUACAUCCCCUCGCUCAACGACCUGCUCACCAACAACGAGAUCCUCGCCUACAUCCACGACUCGCUGGAGAACAAGACCGAGGAGGGCCAGGGUGGGGAUAGUCACGUGUCCAUACCACAAACCUCAACCACAACCCAUCCCCCAGGCCCUAUCCUUAAUUCUGCCCUUAUCCUUAACCCUCAUACCCAAGCCGCCCCCACUAUGCAUAUCUCUACCUUCCACCCCCAAGCUACUGACCCUCCUGCCCCUCAACCCAUGUUACCCCCUCACAGACUACCAAAACAGCCACCCAUAGUGCAGCUCUCCCAGCAGAUGCAGCAGCACCUCAACUUAGUAAAGCCCGUUCUGGCAAAAUACCCCUGGCCCCCGACACAAACAGACGUCCCCACGCCAAGCCAGCCAGACACCCUGCAGCACACGAACUCACUAACCUUGGUCCAUAAUGGUCACUGGCUUCCCCAGCAGCAGCAUAUGCUUGCGGGGCUGGAUGACCACUGCCACAGCCUUCACCCCCUGGUUAACAGUAAGACAUCCCAGCUGGGGCCUCACGGGGCCGGGCAGCUCAAACAGCACCAGAACAACAUCCAUCUUCAGAGCCAGUGGCAGCAGCACAACCAGCACUUACAGGUCCAGCUUCAAUCUCCGUGUCAUUUCAAACAGCAGAAGGCUAGUAGCAGCAGCAGUGCCACUCUCAACGGGGUGCACCCUGAUCCCGAUUGGCAUAGUUCCAGCUACGACGACCAGUUGGGACUGACCGCUAAUGGAGCUAAUGGAGCCUGCACCGUCUCCUACCCCAACGGGCACGCGGACACCCUCACACACACUACAGAAGGAGAGGUCACUCACACGGAUUACGGUAUGGGUGAUUUGACUACCGUGGGCAUGGUCAUGAACGGGGUUACGGUAGGGGGCAUAGGUCACUACCAGGGACAAGGAGGGGUGACCGCUAACCCCUCAGACCAUCUGGUGCAUCACAAACAACAUUCUCCACAGGUCCCAUCUACCUACUUCCCUCAGUACUCCACCACACAGAACUCUUUAGAUUACAUCCUGGGGCUGUCACAGCCUCAGCACACCAUGCCUACUCUGGAUGCCUACGGCAUUGUGAAUAGCCCCGCUUCCCAGGAUGCCACUCACUGCAAGAUGGAGAACGGCUGCAUCCUCAACGACACCAACGUGGCUUACAAAGGGAGCUGUCUACUGCCCAAUGUGAACAGCCAGACAACCAGCGACAAUCUUCAGCCCGACGCCCUACAUACCCUGCCAGACCCACAGACUACUGGCUUCUACCUCUGAGAGGGGGUGUCAGGGCAAAGAGAGACCAUUGGACCAUUUUGUCAGGACAGGGGGGGGGGUUGUUACGACUUUCUAUGUAAUGUUCUCCAUUUCAUUUGUGUUCGACGGACUCCGUACUCAGUGAAAGAGCUCAGGAUAGUGUCUCUCUGCACUCUGACAGUAGUUUCCCCACUGGGACACAGCUCUAGGGGGAGGGGGGGGAAUGCAUCUUCUCAUGUUACACAUUUUUUUAUGAAGGGUAUGGCUGGUUGAGAGAGCAGCGAUUUCUUCACCACUGUGAAUAUCAGUGGUUUUCUUUAUGGGUGUACAAAGUACUGUUUCUGACAAGGAUCAUUAAGACUGAGU